CCUACACGACUCUCUCUCUCUCUCGCGCGCGCGCUUAUCAAGGUCUAGACGCCUUGGUUAGUUGACCAGAAAAGCCCAAUUGCACGUGAAGCCGGAGAAUGGAAGCAAUCAUGCAUGAAACGCCUAUAAGUACGUGCCUCUUCUUCCUCUUCCUCUCCACCUACAAGCUUUAACACAGUCGGGAUCUUUCUCCCUCCCUCUUUUUCUCUCUCUCUCUCUCUCUCUCUGAAAAUCACGAAGAUGGUUCGCUCGUUGAACCUCAUUGGUACUCCUACCAUCACCUUCUUCUUCUUCUUCUUCUCAAUUCUGAUCAGCCACUUCCUCCCAUUCUCCUUCUCACAGGACUUUACCGAUGAAUCGGUGAGCCCAGACCAGGCCUGCAACGUAACCCUCAAUCCCUCCUUCUGCAGGUCCCUCAUCCCAAGUCAGUCUCGCUCCAACCUCCACGGCUACGGCCGGUACCUGGUAGAGAAGUCCCUCCACCAGUCCGCCACCUUCUCAUCCCUCAUCGACCGGACCAUCCGAGACAACGCCUCCCUCCCAUCUCAGGCCGCCGGCGCCCUCGCCGACUGCUUCCUCCUCUCCCAGCUCACCACCGACUUCUUGCUCUCCUCCCUCGCCACCCUCGACUCCAACAACACCACCACCAACCUGCCCGACGAUCAGGCCGACGACAACGUUCAGACCCUCCUGAGUGCCAUCGUCACCAACCAGCAGACAUGCCUGGAAGGCCUCACCCAGGCCAACUUCUCCCAGCGCGGCCACAAGCUCUACGCCCCGCUGGAGAACGGCACUCAGCUCUACAGCCUCUCCCUCGCCGUGCUCACCCGUUCCUGGGCCACCCAGAAGGCCAAGCGCGAAAGGCAAUUGCUGGACGAGUUGAGAGUGCGGCGAGAUGGCGUGCCCCGGUGGGUGAAUAAGCAGGCAUUGGAGUUUGCAUCUGGCAGGAGGAUGGCCCUCCAGACGGUGGGGAGCGUCGUGGUGGCGCAGGACGGGUCCGGCAACUAUCGCACCAUCGGCGACGCCAUCGCCGCCGCUCCGUUGAAGAACGACGGGAGCAAGGGGUUCUUUCUGAUCCGGGUGAAGGCGGGGGUGUACAAUGAGUACGUGACAGUGGACAAGAAGAAGAAGUUCGUAAUGAUGGUGGGAGACGGCGCCGGAAGGACGAUCAUCACCGGCCAGCGCAGCGUCGGAGACGGCUCCACAACUUUCAACUCUGCAACUCUUGCGGUGCUGGGCCAAGGCUUCGUCGGGAUCGGCAUCACCGUCCGGAACACGGCGGGGCGAACCAAGGGGCAAGCGGUCGCCGUCCGAAACGGCGCCGACCUCUCCGCCUUCUACAGAUGCAGCUUCGAGGGCUACCAAGAUACUCUCUACGCCCAUUCCCUGCGUCAGUUCUACAGAGACUGCGACGUAUACGGCACCGUCGACUUCAUCUUCGGCAACGCCGCGGCCGUCUUCCAGAACUGCAACCUCUACGCCAGACUCCCCAACGGAAACAUCAACACGGUCACGGCUCAGGGGAGAACCGACCCCAACCAGAACACCGGCACCUCCUUCAUCAACUGCAAUGUCCUGGCUACUUCUGAAUUAUCCGGGAACUCCAAUGUCAAAACGUUUCUUGGGCGGCCAUGGAGGCAGUACUCGAGAGUGGUGUUCAUGAAGUCUAAUCUUGGUAGCCUGAUUAAUCCCGCUGGUUGGUCUCCUUGGUCCGGAAAUUUUGCGCUGGGGACGUUAUAUUAUGGGGAAUACGACAACCGAGGCCCUGGUUCCGGCACUGCUGGAAGAGUGAAGUGGCCUGGAUUCCAUGUGAUGGCUGCCAAUGAUGCCCAACGCUUCACGGUGUCUAGUUUUGUGCAGGGUGGUGAUUGGUUGCCUAGAACAACUGUGCCAUUCGCAGCUGGGCUGGUUUAGAUCUGUGGAAAUCCUGCUUGGUUGCCUUUCAUUCGUUUGUUUGUUGAUUUAUAUGUGAAUUUGAAGAACGGGCAAAGAUGUUGUGCAAGUUUGAUUUCAAGAUGAAUUGUUUGUACACGUUUAAAUGAAUAAAGUGUUUUUGGCUAGUGGAUCGUUUUAUGGUAGUGAACAUUUGAAAGUUCUUUGUGAAGA